CUGGGAGUGAAAGAGAACGGGUGAUCGGUCCAUCUUUAGUGCUGCAUAUUUACAUCCACAGAUAUGUAUGAGGAGGCUGUCUGCUUCUCCUCAUCAGCCCGCUGGAGUGGUGCCAACCCGAGGUUUCCAUGCCAACCUGCUCCUUCGCCGCCUCCCGAGCGUCUUCUUCCUUCUCCUCCUCCUCCUCCUCCUCCUCCUCCCUCUUGUCCUUCACCCCUACCUCUCUCACUUCUCCCGCUUCCCACCUGCUCCCGCCCCCUUCCGCUUCGUUGUGCUCUUCGCGAGCCAGUGCCGCGCCCAGAUCUCGGGCGACGCGGAGGACGGCAGCUGGGAGCCCGGGUUCCACUGCGUGUGGCCUUGGCACAGCGUCGACCGCCUGGUCUCCAAGCAGCUGAUAGUGUUCGAUGCCCCCGUGAAGGCGUGCAAGACGAAGGACGACAUCAGCAUCAAUCUCGACACGCUGGUCGUCUUGGAGAUGGAGCAGGCCUUCGACUUCGUCUACAAGCUCGGACCCGACAAGUUGGACGACCUGUUGCGGGCCAUGCAGCCUAUGCCGCAGGCCACGGGCCUCGCGCCAGAGAGGCCCGGCGGCCAGAGGGCGGCCAGGGCCCCGUGCGGGGCCCUGGCGCCCGGCCUGUGGGACGUGUAG